CCAGGGCGUUGACAAGGCGUUGUUGUUAUUUCAUAAACAUUUUGUUGCAUCUUGUAAAUAACGAUUUUAUUUAUUAAAAAUGGUCGUCCUGAGCUCCUGUUGGUCACCCAUAAUUUGGUCCAACAAUGUACGCACGGGCAGCUAUGCUGUUGCCGCAUACACGGCAUCGUUAAGCGUAGUAUUAAUUACCCUGAUUUGCUACAUGCUCGCUGGUGGAGAGUCUGGCCAACUUUAUUCACCCUUGUUUGAAACGGACAUAAGGACUUCCAUGCCGAUAGCCGGUGGCUUUUUUAUAAUUUACUUCCUACUUAUUAUAUUGUCAUCCUAUCUAGUGUACUUUGGAAUUAGGAUAAGUACGCGUGGCUGGCUGUUGCCCUGGCUCUUUUUGGUUGGACUCGCCAUUCUAUUUCAAUUUGGGUGGAGCCUUUGGUUAAUCGGAGGCUACUACAUAUACUUGGAGCAAACAUUCUCGGCGCUGCUAAACUUCGUUUGGGUGGCUUAUAAUUUAUACUGCUGGCUGGUCGUAUUCUCCCAGUACCAAAUCUUCCUGGAGAUACAAAAUCCAAAUAUCGAACUAUUGAUGCCUUAAGGACGACAUUCUUGUCGAAUGCAAAUCGAAUAAUCAACAAGUUUAAAGCAUUUUAAAAUUAGAUUUACUUAUAAGUAUUUUGUCCAUACAAACAAUCCGUCCACAGUUUAUACUCCAAUAACAUAAUAUUCCAUAUUAAAUGUGUCUUAUACAUAAUAUUUUACACUUAUGUAUUUCAUACAACACGUAGAGAAUAUUACACAUUAACACAAA